AUGUCCAAGGACGAUUUAAUGGCACAGGCGCUACCAAGACUUGAGUUAUCAAAUCAAGAUAUCAAGACAAUCUUGGAGCUUUCGGUGUGUUUAUUAGAAACAAACCUAAUGCUGCAAAAACAACUACAGUUGACAAGGGAUCGAUUCCCAGACUCGAGAGUUUGGCGAGAAGUGCAACGAAAAGACGGGAUGAGGGUGUUCAAGGAAUUUCAACCACAGCAUUUACUGCCAAGUGGAAAUAGUCCACAAGCUGAUGCUAGUCACCCAGACCAGGCAAAAAUGUCAUCGCUCUUAAUGCUCGGAACUGUAGCAGGUAAUUUGAACGACGUCAUGUACGCGUCCAUUGCAAUGAGCACCGAUUCAAUGCGAGCACGAUCCAAGUUUGUGCAAGAUGGUGUCGUGAAUAGCAAGAUUCUUUCUUGUGUCGAAAGCCCAACUUCGGACGACCCUUUCCAUACGCUCAAUGUCACUUGGCGUUAUUACUCACUGUCCGAGCCUCGUGACUAUACGUGUAUUGAAGCAACUGGACUGGUGUCCAAUGAUUACGGUGAACCCGUGGGUUUUCACCUUAUCCAUUCGCUUGAUUUUGCACAACUACCGAUGUUUCAGAAUUACGGCGUUGAGCGAGCCAAUAUGUCAGCAUGCACCUUUUUCCGUCAGAAAUCCUCGACGCUUGUCGAGUGUUAUACGCGCGGAUACUUUGAUUUUCGUUCGAUGAAUGGAUUGCUUAACAACAUGUCAUUGCAUACUAUUUCAACGCAAUGGCUUUCGAUGGCUCGAUACGUUGAAUGUGCGCAGAUGAAAAAGCUUGUAUGGUGGAUGCGCAUGCGAACAGGACGAGACUCUUUUGCUAGCACCAGUCAAAGUUCCAGUUCAACGUCGUCAAGGGGUAUCACCGUAAUACAACAAAAUGCUCGUCCUCGCGUUCAAUCUGGCACACGCUGUCGUGUAUGUAACCUUAGUUUGGGCGGGUUCUUGCGCUCAAGGCCUCGAGUUUGUGCUUGCUGUGCUGAGUGGGCAUGUAAACGCUGUUGUGUCAAGAAGCAAGUGUGCGUCGUGUCGAGCCACAACAAAAGCAAGGUGAACGAAAAAAAGCUCGUCUUCUGCGCGCAGUGCAUUGCAGAAGCCUCCAAGAGCGACGCCUCGCUUAUUCUUUGCGAAGAGCUUAUGGGGGAUAGUUCGUCAUAUACAUCCACUCGUCGACCCACACUGGAAACAAUGAACAUCUUGGAGGAAUGUUCUCUUGUGUUGUGA